CCAGACCGCACCGUUUUCCAGCUCUAGUCCAGCCUGUUACAGAAGAAGGCUCGAUGAACAACCUUGAGUAGGCCCAUUACGCAGGAAAAAAACAACGGAGAGAGAAAUAGAGAGGUAAACUUGGAAUGACAAGUCUUUCGAUCUUGCAAAGCAAGCUACCUAAUAACCUAAAACCGCACCAAAACCUCUCUGAAACUGGAUAAAACCAGCGAGCGGAGCAGUUGCGUUGGCCGUCACUCUUGUUAGCGGGCUAGAGUUUUUGGGCUGUACUGGCGGGCUUGUAUGAUUUUGUUUGGCCCAUUGUUAUUCCAUUUUGUACGUAGAAGAGUUAGCAGGAGAACACUAGCCCUAGCAGGUACAUACGUGAGCUAGGGUUAGAGGGAAAUAUAUAUAUGUGAACCUGUAGAGUAUCGGACUCUCCCACACGAUUUUUCUCCUAAUCGCCCCCGCCGUCGUCCUCGAGUUCCAGCGCGAUUGAAAGACGGGAUUUCAUCAAUGGUUCAAUGGAAGCGCGUCGUUCAACAUGGAGCUCAGCUUGUCAAAUCGCGUCGUCUCCUGCUCCAUCCUUCUUCCUCUUCAAUGAGAUCACCAUCAUCCCUCGUGAAUCAGUUGGACCAUCGCACUCGCAGCAGAAUUCUAUCUGACCUCGCCGGACCAAGUGGUGCGAAUGCGAACCGUGCAUUUUCUGAUUAUGCAUCGGCGAAGAGCUCUCAGAUAGGAUCUGCCGACCUGUUGAAGUUCCAGGAAGAACUGCAAUCAAACCUGUCCAAUUUCCAGUCCGAAAUAAUCAAGUCUCAGGAAAGCCGUUUUACCACGAUGGAAGUUGACUUGGCAAGGAUGCAAGCUGAUAUAAACAAAAUUCGCGAUGAUGUGUCGGGUGUAAGAUGGUUCGUAGCCACCAUAGGGUAUUUAUUAUGGGCCGGAGUCACUGUCUCCCGUUCCCUUGAGAACAGGAAAAUAGAUCAGACCGGUGUAGACUUGUAAGAAUAGUCUAAUCCAUGAUCUGUAUUAUAUGAUGUUUAGAUCUUUCGGUUUGGUCUGAUCUAGAUCGCAGUUUACCGGCUCAAACCGUGGACCCAACAGACUUCUCAAUAUAUAUUAGCAGCCCACUCGAAAACUUUCUCAACUCCCCAACAAGAUCUAAGUCUCAACCUCAAUUUUGAUAAUAUUAUCUUUCUUUCAUUCACAACCACAUUCUAUCGGAGAAUAGGGAGGAUCAUGUCUCCAUAUGACAUUCUAUUAAUGUUAUGAUUUAUGACAUGUGACGUUAUGAUGCAAGUUGGGAUGAUUUGAUUUUGAAUCUUUGUGAUAACUGAAAUUUAGGUUGUCAAAAUUAUUCAUUCAUGUUGGAAUUUAUGUUCUAAGGCAAAAUAUAAUUGUUUUCUCGAUUUGGUUCAAAUUUUGGUAUGAUUGAUUAAAUAAAUUGUUCAUUUUUCAUUCAAUAUGGUCUAUCGUACCAUACCAGAUCGCACAGAUGUGGUUUGAUAUGGACAGUGUAGUAUGUGGUCUGGUCUCCAAUCUAUACUCCAGCCUCUUGGUCUGGACCGUAGACCAUAUAUAUAAUAUGAUCUGGACAAGACCACACCGUUUUCCAACCCUAGCUACUAAGACAACGAAUAGAUGAAGGAAUCGAAUGGGAACUAGAUGUUUAUCCCUGUGGAUUUUGUUGUAUGCCCUUUUUUUGUUAACCUGCUUAGAUGCUCUUAGCCUGGUCGUGCUGUUGAUAAGUUUCAGUAGUAUUCUAUCAGAUCAUCUUUGAUAACUAAAUAGCUUUCAUGAGUCUGUAUGAAUGAUUUGCAAAUGCUGGAUACAAUGUAUCAAUAGUAGUUAGUAAAGUUUCGAGCAAAUUGUGAAAGUUGUUGGCUGAAAUUUUUUUUUAAAUUCUUUGAAAAUGUGUUAGUUUAUCGUUAGUCUAACUCUAAACAUGUUGAAUACCGUUAUCACCUUAAGUGUACUACAGUUAUCUCGCAUAAAAAUUGAAUUGUGCUAUUUCAAAGUUUUCUCAAUUUUAUUUUCCUAAAUUUUGAUAACCUUUAUUUAAUUAUUAUGAGAUGAUAUAUUGGAUCAUGAUUUAUGAAAUGGUUAAUAAAGGUUUAAUAGGCAAAAUUUUCAUUUUGUGUGAAAAUAAUAGUGAAAUUUGUUGCAAUAGGAUUUAAUAACCAAACUUAUGUUCGUUGAGGUGGAGUGGAAUGGGUUAUUGAGAUGAUGGAUGAGUUACUAAUGUAUGAGAGUGAUUUUUAGGUUAAUACAAUCAUAAUCUUUUAUUUUGUGGAUUGUGAUAAAUAAAUAAAAUAUUCAGCACCAGUACCAUAAGAAAAAUCGUACACUAAAUUGGAUGGUAGGAUUUGGAUCGUAUUAAUGACGAUAAUAUAAUGGUUUGGUCCGAUCCAAAUGUAUACUAGUUUUUAUACUCAUGAGUUUAAUUGUAUGCCCUUACUUGCGUACGUGUUUAAUUAUUCUUGUUAGAGUUAGUCAAUAGAGUUGUAAUACCACAUUAAUGGGAUAAGAAAAUUAUAAGAGUUUA